CAAACAGACUAUUUCACCAUUCGUCAUUCGACCAUGUCCAGCACCUGCGAUAUUGACCCAAGUCUCGUACAAAAGAUCGAAGCCUUUCGUUUCGCAAACAGAUCUCAAGGAAAUGCUGCUCUCAUUUGCAAAAUUGACAAAAACAAAUUGCUCAUUGAAGAGGAUGAUGAUCUAGAAUCAGUAAAUAUGGAGGAACUUGCGGAACAACUCCCAGAAAAUACACCACGUUAUGUUGUCCUGAGCUAUGAGUUGAAACAUGAUGAUGGACGACGGUCAUUCCCUUUGGUAUUCCUUUAUUAUGCUCCUACUGGUGUUCGACCUGAACUCAACAUGCUUUACGCUAGCGCCAAGACGCACUUCCAAAACACGGUUGGCCUCGGUAAAGUCAUUGAUCUGCAGGACGCGGAGGUGCUGACUGACAAUUGGUUGCGUGCAAAGCUGCUCAAAUAGCCAAAUAAAUCAACUCAAUGCAAUGUGAAGGCGAA